AGAUGAAAUAAGGUAGAUAAUUGUGGUGACUGCUACUGAUAGAAAAGCAGACGUGAUAAGCUAAUGUAGGCGAAUAGAGGCUGUAGUACGGCUAAAUACGUUUUCAUACAGGCUGUUGGAUAUUGGAUAUAUUGGGCAAAGAAUGUUGGAGAUGGAGCUGCCGGGUAGAAGGAGAAGAGGUAGACCUCAGAGAAGGUUUAUGGAUGUAGUGAAGGUGGACAUGGAGAUGGUUGGUGUAAAAGUAGAGGAGGCCAGAUGGAGGCAGAUGAUCCGCUGUGGGGACCCCUAAAGGGAGCAGCCGAGAGAAGAAGAAGAAGAAGCUAUCACAUUAUAACAUUUAGGCUUUAUAGCGGUCCGUUACUAUUCGGAGCACAAGAAGGAAAUAUUUAACGCUCAUUCUGCCUCCAAGAAUUUAGGCUGAUGAUGAAGCUGGUAGAUUGUUUAUGGACAGUCAGAGUGCUGCUUUAAAUAGAUUCGCACAGACUGAAAAUGUUGAUGCCACAGUUCGAGCACAACCACGACCAGGACCAUCCUUUCGGCAUGCGCACUGGAUUCGACCAAAGAUAUCCAGUGUCUUUAGCCCCUGUGGCUAAACCACACUUGUGAAAUGGUUAUUUAUGUGGAACAGAGCGCGUUAGUAGCCGAGUAACUUGGCAGUUUAUUGAGAGUUGACAUUUCUCGAAACCUCCUUUCAAUGGAUACAUUCGGAGGCGUGCUGGAGAAGAGCGCCGCAGAGCUGACCGUCCUGGAUGUGUAUGAUAUCGCCGCCGUGCUGGGCCAGGAAUUCGAGCGUAUUGUCGACCAGCAUGGCUGCGCGUCAUUAACUCGCCUAAUGCCUAAAGUCGUAAGGGUACUGGAAAUAUUGGAGGGUCUGGUCGGCCGGAAUUGCGAAAGCGCGGAGAACGACGACCUGGAAAUGGAGUUGCGUAGAUUGCGGCUCGAGCGGAGAGAUCGCAUGGAGAAAGAGAAAAUGCGUGAAAAGGAGCUUGAACAGGUAGAAGACACAUGGAGGAGAGAGAAUCAGGACUUAUUGUCACAGAUUGCUGACCUCCAAGUCCAGAACAAGUCACUGAGAUUAAGGCUGUCUCUCAAAGAACAGCAAAACACUGAGGAAAAACUUCAGCACAAUGAAGGGACAAGAGAAAGUGAACAUCAGCUAACGAAAAAGCUGAAGGAGAGGGUUGACCAGCAGCAAGAUGAGAUAAAGGCCAAAGACCGUGAAAUUACACUGAAAAAUAAUGACAUUGAAACACUUCAUGUGGAGCAGCACAGAUUAAUGAAAAUCAACCAGGAUCUGAAACACUGGAUCUCCAUACUUGAAGCCCAGGGUAAAGCACUCAUCCAGCAGAGGGCCAAUUUGGAGGCUUUGUCUCAGGCUAGGCAGCAGGAUCUAGGGUCAGUGAAGAUGCAACUGGCCUAUCUGAAUGAAGAACACCAGGCAGAUGUCCUAAAUGUAGCCACAGAGUUGGUGGAUUGCUCAUCUCCAAGACAGCUAUCCAAGACAUCACAUAUGCAGCCGCCCAGGUCUACUCCAGGGGAUAUAGAGAAAACUGUUUGGGCAGAGUGUGAAACAGAAUGGGAUUCUCUAGCUGAACAUUUUGAUCCUCCAAAGAGCCUUGCGCUGGUCAGGACCCAUACAGAAAAGGGAAGCAAAGAAGAUCAUCAUAUUUGUGCUACUGAGGGUGGCAGUGAGGUGACACCUUCACUAUGGGAGGCACUGUGUGAAGACGACCAGGAAGAAGAUAAUAGUGCAUUGGAUCACAACAUACCUCAAUUUACCCUGCAGGACUUGCAAGAUGUAUUGCAAGAGAAAAAUGAGCUCAAAGCACAAGUAUUUCUGCUACAAGAGGAGCUGGCAUAUUAUAAAAGUGAAGAAGAAUUGGAGGACCAGCUGAGUCCUCUGGUACCUGUGCUCUUACCUGCAUUACAGCCCUCCUCCAACAAUCAACCUGAAUCAGGCAUCAAGAAACUGCUGUUUACUGCUGUUAUGCCGAUGGUAGCAGCAGGUUUGAUAAAUGACGACCCCACACUGCAGCCAAUCAGUCGGCUCAUUUCAGUGGUUUAGAUUUGCUUUUCUUUGACAAGAUCACAAAAAGUCACAAACCGGGAACGUGUUAUUGGAGGAACAAGACAACAUACUCCAGAACAAGCUUACUUGGUGACUUACAAAUACAUGUGAACAUGUUUUAUACAAUGUUUCUCACAAAAACUCCUCUGAUUGCAGUGAUAGGCUACAAAUGGCCACUUCAGGGUUCACAAUUAAGAAUUCAUGUUUUUAACUGCAUUUGUUUGCUCAACGUACAUGUGACUAACAGAUAAUGGCCAAAAUUGUGCUGAAGUACAGAGCAAAAAAUAAAUAAAAAAUAUGAGAACAUACUAGUCAUGCAAAAUUGCCUGCAAGACACAAGAUUUUAUCACAGCUAUUUAUUUAGAAAAAAUAUGGUCAUUAGAUCUACACUUUACUGUCUCAAAAUAUAAAAGAAGAAAUCUAAAUAUUGAAGAAACUUAGCUGAAAUUAUGGCUGGAGGUGAAACAGUUGCAGUCUGACUUUAGAUGUUUGUGUGGGUUUUAUUUGGGUUUUGUACCAAAAGACAUACAAUUUCAUGAUUCAUAAUGAAUGGAUGAACUGCUCCAAAAGUGUAUCAAAUAAAAUAUCUUUACAUUAACUUA